ACACCAAAAGAAAUGGAGAAUCAUCGAGUAACAACAAACUCCGACGAGCCACCACCGGAGUUUGAGUUCGGAUCGUUGACUCCAACUUCUCCGUCGCAAGACUCUUUCUCAGAGAAUUCUCCCGCCGAUCAUCUCUUUUUCAACGGCCGUCUCUUGCCACACGCAUUCCCGGCGGCGAGCAGUAUUUAUACAAAGCGGUCAAUCUCGAGUACGACCAGCGAAUACACCUCCCGGUGCAAUAGUACGAACAGCAGCAGUAGUUUUGGUAGUAACAACAGCUCAACUUCUCAAUCUCCGAGAACGAGCUAUUCAACCAGUAACAAGAACAACAGCCCCAUUAAUCAAGAGCCACUGGAUUUGAAGUUGAAGCCUCCAAUUAGCAGAUGUGACAAAACCGUAAAUACGAUGAGCAGUAGCUCCUACUCGUCGCCACAACACAAGAGAAGGAAGGCGAUGGAGAUGGCGACAACGUCUCUGUACAGGUCGUAUUCAUCGCAGCGGUGGCAAUAUAUAACUCCGGUACCGGUGAGAAUGAGUGGAGGGAUAAGGGUCGGUGGCCGGAAGAAGAAGGCGGUGAGGGUGAGGAAGAAGACGGAAGAGAGAAGGGUGAGUAGGGUGAUGAAGUUGUGGAGAAAACUUUUGAUGGCGGCUAUUUUUGUUUGUAGAGAGUGUCAUGCAUUGGAGGGAGCUUGAGUGAGACUUGUGAUUUUGUGACGUGGUUAUGAUUAAGAAAGUAUUGAUUGUUCAAUAGUGAAGACUUGUGACACUGUGACGUGGUUAUAAUUAUGAACAUAAGUUACAUAACGAAAGUAUUGAACUAUUGAUUGUUCAACAGUAAGCAAAAACUCUAUUGGGCUUGUGGGUUUUCACUUUUCACAAUUGUGUAUCUAUAUAUUUUUCUUUGAUUACUUGUAAAUAGAAAUAUCUUUACUAC